GAGRUGGGCCUUGUAUUCUUGCAUGCUCUUCCCUCGCCGGACGGACCAGCCGCGUCACCGUCGGACCCACGCAUUUCUCACCUCUUGGACGAGUAUAGAGAUGUCUUCGAGGCUCCCAUCGGACGGUUCCGGAUCGGCCCAUACAUCACAGGAUCACUCUCGAGGCUGGCGCCGUCCCUCCGCGUGGAUGUAUCUACCGCAUGAGCGAAGAGGAACUCGAGGUGCUUCGCUCACGACUCGAUGAUCUUCUCAACAAGGGUUGGAUUCGCCCUAGUUGCUCGCCAUACGGWGCACCUGUUCUCUUCGUCCGGAAGAAGAACAAAGAUCUACGGUUAUGCAUCGACUAUCGGAAACUUAACGCACAAACCGUAAAGAACGCCGGCCCUCUCCCUCGGAUUGAUGAUCUCCUUGAGCGGUUAGGCGGCGCGACGUACUUCUCGAAGUUGGACUUGAAGUCAGGUUACCACCAGAUUGAAAUCCAGCCUCAAGACCGGUACAAGACCGCGUUCAAGACGUGGUACGAGCAUUUUGAGUGGGUUGUCAUGCCAUUUGGACUCACCAAUGCCCCUGCAACGUUUCAAGCAGCGAUGACGACUGAGUUUCGCGACUUGCUCGAUCGCAGCGUCCUCAUCUACCUYGAUGAUAUCUUGGUUUAUAGUAGGACGUUGGACGAGCACAUCGUACACCUUCVCGUUGUUUUGAAUCGUUUGCGACUAGCCAAGUACAAAGCGAAUCUCGACAAGUGCGAAUUCGCCAGGCAAGAGCUUGAGUACUUGGGCCAUUUYGUCACGCCGAAAGGCAUUCGUCCCUUAGCGGACAAGAUCCAAGCCAUCGUGGAUUGGCCGGAACCCCGAUGCACUACGGAUGCACGCUUUUUCAUGGGUUUGGCUGGAUAUUAUCARCGAUUCGUCGAGUCAUACUCGAAAGUGGCCGCUCCUUUGUCGAGACUUCAGUCCCCGAAGGUGCCCUUCGAGUUCGACGACGCAGCCCGUGGCGCGUUUAGUACGUUGAAGGCAGCGAUGCAAGCUGCACCUGCCCUCCGUAUAUACGACCCCACCCUACCCACCCAAGUGACUACGGACGCUUCGGGAUACGGUAUUGGUGCGGUGUUGGAACAGUGUCACGAGAACGGUUGGCAUCCGGCUGAGUAUUUCUCCCAAGAGGUGCCUCUCGUCAACAGUCUCGACGACGCUAGGAAGAAAGAGUUACUUGCGUUCGUCACCGUUCUCAAACGGUGGCGCCACUUUCUUCUCGGCCGUCGGCGGUUCAAAUGGAAUACGGACAACAAUCCGUUGACCUUUUACAAAACACAGGACAUGGUCACUAGCACGAUCGGUCGAUGGAUGUAUUACAUCGACCAGUUCGAUUUUAACCCGUGUCACAUUCCCGGUCCCGCCAAUCGAGCUGCGGACGCCCUUUCACGACGACCCGACUUUUGUGCCAUUGUGACCACGGCAUUCGACCUCGAUGACGAUCUGCAGCAGCAUUUCGUCAAAGGCUACAAGUCCGAUCCGACUUACUCUACGCUUUACGCAGAGCUUUCAUCGGAUCACCCGCCGGCUAGCCACUAUCGGAUUUCCGACGGGUUCCUUCUCCUUCACACGAGAGGAAAGGACUUGUUAGUUGUGCCCCAAGAUCGCAUCUUACGGGCUCGUCUUCUCGGCGAAUUCCACGACGCACGACUUUCGGCACACCUUGGCGUGAACCGCACACUAGCACGCCUCCGCCAGCGUUUUCACUGGCCCGACGUCCUUCAUGACGUCACGAGGUACAUUGAGUCAUGUGCAAUUUGCCACCGUAACAAGGGUCGAUCUCGCGUCCCCUUCGGCGAACUGAAACCGUUGCCGAUCCCUCGGGCACCACGCCUCUCAAUUGCUAUGGGCGUGACAGGCCCAUUUCCCUGCGAUCGCCACUGCCAUGACGGUAUUCUCACGGUCGUUGACCGUUUGAGCAAGUAUGCUCGCUUCCUUCCUUGCAAGUAUCAUGCUGCAGCGGCUGAGCUCGCACGACUCUUGCACACCGGUUGGAUUACCAACCAAGGUGUUCCGGAAGACAUGGUGAGCGACCGAGAUACGCGUUUCAUGUCAGCCUUCUGGACUUCCCUCAUGGCCGAGUCCGGUACGACAAUGAAACCGAGCUCGGCUCGGCACCCGCAGACGGAUGGUCAGACGGAGCGAGCGCACCAGACCGCUCAGAUGAUGUUGCGUACGCUCAUCCGUCCCGACCAGAAAGAUUGGGUUGACCGGCUUCCCGACAUUGAGUUCGCCUACAACACUUCGGUGCACCCGGCGAUCUGCGUCACACCAUUCGAGCUACAUCAUGGUGGAGAGAAAGCACGGAUCUUCGCUGAUCUCCUUUUGCCACAGGCUGCCGACAUAGACGUCCCUUGCUCUCCCGCUUCCAUCCGGAAGUACCGGGACUUGCUGAUCAAAGCCCGUGCAAAUAUGCAAAAGGCUYAGGUCCGCAUGCAGCAGCAAGCUAACCGACGUCGACUUCCAUGUCCUUUCCGCGAGGGAGACCUUGUUUGGGUCCUCUCCGAGGAAUUUGCGCUCGAGCAGGAUCUCACCUCGCUGGAUGAACAGUCAAUUCUGCAUAAUCUGAAAGUUCGAUAUCAAAGGGAUCUGAUCUAUACAAGGGCCGGACCUGUGUUGAUUGCCAUCAAUCCCUUCAAGAAUGUGCCAAUCUACUGCGAGGACUUUGUCAAAGCGUAUCGCGACAAAGGUCUAUGUACAGGCCUGCCUCCUCAUGUGUUUGCAUGUGCCGAGCGUGCCUAUGCCAUAAUGAGAAAGAAUGGCACGAACCAGUCCAUAAUCAUAAGUGGGGAGAGUGGGGCUGGCAAGACGGAAACCACGAAGAUAGCAAUGAGGUACCUUGCAGCGCUUGGAGGAGAGAAAGGUGUGGAGAAGAAGAUCCUCCAGACGAAUCCGAUCUUAGAAGCCUUUGGGAACGCGAAAACCCUACGCAACAACAACUCGAGCCGGUUUGGAAAGCUGAUCGAGAUUUAUUUCGAUAGAUGGGGCAAGAUUUGUGGGGCAACCAUCAAAACGUACCUGCUGGAGAAGUGUCGAAUCAUCACUAGGGCACCGGGUGAAAGAUCUUUUCACAUAUUCUACCAGCUGUGUGCUGCAGGCACGUCGAUCUCCGACACCAUUUUGGCAAAGGAGUUGAAGCUACGCCCAGCACACUUCUUUUCCUACCUCAGUCGAAACGCGAGCUGCCUUCAGAUCGACGGUGUUGAUGAUGCCAGUGAUUUCAGGAUUCUGCAGGAAGCUAUGGAGAGCAUGCAUAUUGACGGACAAGAACGGCGUAAUGUGUUCGAGGUGCUGGCAGCGGUUUUGUGGCUUGGAAAUGUCGAAUUCGCGACCGUUGAUGACGAAGAGCAUGUGACUGCAGUCCGAGACGAAGCCUUCCAUGCAGUGUCGAGUCUUCUGAGGUGUGGGAGUGAUGAAUUGGAGAAGGCCAUUUGCACACACACAAUCUACGCAGGCACUGAGAAGAUCUCACAGAGGCUCAGAAAAGACCAAGCCAUCGAUGCAAGGAACGCCUUGGCCAAACUGCUGUAUGCACAACUGUUUUACUGGAUAAAUGAACGGAUAAACCAGUCCUUGGAAGUGGAUAAGGCCAAGCCCAAGACUUUCAUCAGCAUUCUUGACAUAUACGGGUUCGAGUGUUUCGAACGGAACAACUUUGAGCAAUUGUGCAUCAACUAUGCGAAUGAGCGACUGCAGCAGCACUUCAACACCCACCUUCUUAAGCUUGAACAGGAGGAAUACGUGCGCGAGAAGAUUGACUGGACACACGUCGAGUUCAGAGACAAUCAGGAGUGCCUUACGCUGAUCGAAAAGAGGCCUCUUGGUGUCUUAUCCCUUCUGGAUGAGGAGACCAACUUUCCCAAGGGAACCGAUGAGACGCUGACUGAAAAACUGCGAGAGCACUUGGGUUCGAACCCUUGCCUUAAAGUUGAAAAUGCAGGUUGUUUUCGCAUUGCCCAUUACGCAGGAGAGGUUUUAUACGACACAGCUGGGUUCUUGGAAAAGAAUCGUGAUCUUAUACACAACGAGUUGAUUGAUCUAUUGGCUGGAUCUGACGCUGCACUCCUACAAAGCUUUGUCGCAAGCUUAAGGGAGCCAAUGGCCAUGACCUGGCAAUCGGGGUUGUUGCAGGUACAGGGGCAGGUACACGGUGGUCAGAUGUAUGACAAAGCGCGCGAGCAAGCUCAGGGGACGGCACCACCCACGCCACGGGCGGCACACACACUAUUAGCAAGGAGAAUGAGCGGGGUGCAGAAAGAAAGUGUUGCUAACAAGUUCAAGUGGCAGCUAGGUGAACUUAUCGCCCAAUUAGGAAAGACGGAGUCCCAAUUCAUCAGGUGUAUAAAGCCGAAUGAUAUGCAAUUGCCCGAUCGGUUCGAGUCAGAGUUGAUGCUUCAUCAGCUGCGUUGUUGUGGGGUCUUCGAAGUCGUCCGUAUCACGUGCAGGGGUUACCCCACCCGCCACUCCCACGAGCUUUUUGCAAAUAGGUAUGGAUUCCUUGUGUCCCUGGAGAGGCCAGCACCCCUAAAGCUCUCAAAUCCUCAGUCAAAGAUGGACUCUUUGAGAGUCUGCAUGCAAAUCAUCCAGCUGCUGAAUGUCCCUCGAGAGCAGUUCCAGAUCGGUCAGACGAAACUCUUCUUCCGUGCGGGACAGCUCGGGGUGAUCGAAGACAUUCGCACACGGACUGUUCAAGGAAUCGUUGCCGUGCAAAAGGUUUUCCGUGGACGAAGAGUCCGCAGAAGGUACCUUGACCUGAGGAAAGCAACCGUUACGCUACAGUCGUACACGAGGCGAUGGCUGGCCAAGAGGAAGCUCAGACAUCUGCGAGAACAGCGACUCAAGAAAGAACUUGAACUACGGCUGCAAGCCGCCCUUCUUGAACAAAGGGCUAGGCUAGAAACCAAGCACGAAGAAUAUACCGAGCAAACUGAGGCAGCAAAGGAAGAUGAAAAAGAUGACGACUUGAUGAAUGCCACAGCUGCAGCAGACGUCGACAUGAAUGCUUUGGCAGCAUCCACACGAGAGCCUGCCAUGAUCGAUGAGAACAUUGCAGUGAGGCCCUCGUCAUCAGCACCGGAGGAAGAUGAUCAGGAACAAGCGGAGGGGUCCUUAGAGGUAGUUCCCCUGUCAGUGGCUGUGGAAAUGAAGGCCAGGAUAGAGGAGCUCGAUAGCCUAUUGGCGAAGCAGGUGGUACGGAAUGCCAUUCUGAAGAGAAGGCUGUUCGAGCAGAGAGUGAAAUGGGAGGAGUGUGAAGAAAAACUCCGGAAUUUGGAAGAGACUUUUGAGUACAAAAUACGCUCGUUGAGGCUGAUAGUGCACGAGCUUCUACGGAGAGAUCAUUUGCGUUCCUUCUCCUCCGUUCAUCAUCAUCACACAAAGCGUGCAUCUUUCCGCCUCCUGCCGCAGAUCGUUACAACGCCUCGUGAACAGGAGGGGAAAGAUGAGGAGUGGGGACGCGAGAAGGCGAAGCGAGAUUCUGGAGCAGAAGAGGAGGAAGAGGGGAAGCAAGCAAAGGAUUCCGAGGAGGACUAUGACGAUGAGGAAGGGAACAUGGACGAGUUCCCUCUUUGGGUACCCACCGUGAAGUCGGUUAGAAGUCCCAAUAGGAUGGCUGACGAGAAUUGCCGCAAUGUGUCCGGGAGGACUUGUGCAGCAUGCGCAAGCACAGCCGCAGGACAACUACUACCACUCCGUACAGACUUUGUGACGACCGCAGAAGCUGCGGGAGAACCAUCCCGCCCUUCGGAGAUAGCUACGGGGGCAGGAGAGUUCCGCGCCACAAAGCCACGUUGCGAGGAACGGAAUACGAACUGUUCAAGUGCCGGAGACGGAGAGCAGGGCAUGAGAACCACCACCAAGGCCGGUUUGGAGCAGUCACAUCAGGGGAAAUGCCAGCACCCACAUUCACCACAUACUGAGGCAAGCAUGGCGAUCAUCGCAGAUCUGCGUGAUCAGAUGCUCUCUUCUUUGCGAGCUAUGGAGCAGGACAUUCAGCUGCUAACUGAUGUCGACAGCCGAUCUGAGCUUGCCAGCCUUGAUGCAGACAGCGAGCUGCGGAAACUGCAGUACAGAUUCGACGAAUGGAAACAAGAGAUUAAGGGACGACUCAAGCACGUCAAGCUGGACCUUCACCGGCUAGAACAGUCGUCGUAUCACGAUGCCAAUGCCAAGGAGAAGGAAAGCUGGCCGCGGAAAUGGUUCUUCAGAAAAAGAGUGUUGCCUGAAUUUGGAUGAACGAGCUAAGGACUGGCAGGCCCCGCUGGUGCUAUUAUGUUCCUGGUUAAGAAAGU